UCCACAUCCAUGCUAUCUUCUUCAGUUUUACUCUCCUACAAACACUAUAAAUUCCCACAUCUCAUUCUCUUCUCCUUCCUCUAUGAAAUCUCCAUUUUUACACCCAUCUUCCAUGUAAAAGGAGUUGUUGAUCAUUCAGUGUUUUAGGCUCUUCAUUUCUUUAAAUAUAUAAUUUCAUUUUUUUGGUUGUUUGAUAUUUGUGCAAAAAAUUAUAAAUGGCUUGUUCUUUGAAGAUGAAUGUUUUGACUUGUUGCUCCAAUGAGAACAAUUUCAAGACUUGGCCUUUUACUCCUUGCCCUACCAAUCUUAGAGAUUCCAAAUUCAUGGGAAAAUGUAUAGGUUUUUCGACAGAUCACACAAGUUUCAGCAAUGACAAUGUUAAAGCGCCUAGGAACUUUUCAGUUCGUGCACAGGCAUCCAUUUGUGUAAGCCGAAGCAUGAGAUGGUGGGAGAAGACACUGAAACCAAACAUGAUAGAGAUCCAUUCAGGCCAACAGCUUGUUGAGACAUUGUCAAAUGCAGGGGAUAGAUUGGUCAUUGUUGACUUCUAUUCCCCUGGUUGUGGAGGUUGCAAAGCUUUGCACCCCAAGAUCUGUCAGCUAGCUGAAUUAAACUCUGAUGCCAUCUUUCUCAAAGUCAAUUAUGAAGAGCACAAGAAAAUGUGUCAAGCCCUUCAUAUUCAUGUCCUGCCCUUCUUUAGAUUCUACAGGGGCGACAUUGGCAAACUUUGUAGCUUCAGCUGCACCAAUGCCACUAUCAAGAAAUUCAAGGAUGCACUGGCAAAAUAUGGUACUGAUCUAUCUUGUGCUGGCCCAGCUAAAGGUUUGGAUGAAAGUGAGCUAAUGAGAUUAGCCUCACUGGGAGAAAUUUCUUUUGAUUCACCUAUGUUGCCCUCUACAAGUGAGGAGCUUAGAAUGGAAGAUUUGGUUCUAUCUGCCUUUGCUUGACUUCACAGGGGCAGAAACAGGACUAAAAAGAAGGGGAAGAUAAUGCAUUAAUUAUAUAGGAUCAAAUCUUACUUUUUUACAAGAUUGAUCUAUAAAUUCAAGACCAAUUCUACGAUUUUUAUUGUGUUAGGGUCACUUAUUUAUGUCUUUGAAUGUGUAGAUAUUUAAAUCAUUAGACUGUCCACAAGCAUUGCAUUGUUGUCUUUGAAUUUAUUGGAUUCAGGAUAUUAUUAUUAUUGUAAUCUGAUUCCAGCAAAUUAUGAGUAUUAUAAAUUAAUCCUU